UAGCCAACUAACGCCCAUCUCCCUCUCUCUCUCUCUCUCUCUCUCUCUCUUUCUGUGCUGCCUCUGGGCGCGAAUAACAGCAAUUGGCCGUUUCAUUAAAUUGCGAGGAAUCCUCCAUCUCUCUCUGCUCUGCAGCGCCUCGGUAUCAUUAUCAUCAUCAUCAUCAUCAUCAUCAUCAUCUCCUCCCUUCUCUUUCCCAGCUCUAGGGCUGGGUUUCUGAUCGUAUGGAUCAUGAGCUUGUGAAGAGGUCUCUAGGCUUCGCCAGGAGGAGGAAGAAGUGGAUUGGCUUGCUCGCCGCGUUUGGGAUUUCGAGCUAUGCUGCCUACAGGGUUUAUCAUUUGCCGUCCGUGACGAGGAAGAGGAAGAGGCUGGUGAAGCUGUUAGGUGCCCUGGUUUCUGUGUUGGAGAUGGCCUCUGAUUCGGCAGAAACCAUCAGCCUUGUCUCCAACGACUUGAAGGAGUUUCUACAGUCAGACACGGAUGAGAUUCCCAGAAGUUUGAAGCAAAUCUCAAAGAUUGCGAGAUCGCAGGAGUUCUCCCAAUCUGUUAGCAGGGUGACGAAGGCCUUUACUGUUGGAAUUAUUCGUGGUUAUAAGACAGAUUCAUGUGUCAAAACUGGGUCAGAAGUAGGCAUCCGGAGUUCUAAUUACGCUGAUAAGGUCAUGGAUAGGCUUCUUUCUUCAGCCGGGACUGGUUUUGCUUCAGUGGUUGUGGGUAGUUUUGCUAGGAACUUGGUUUUGGGCUUCUACUCCAGUAGUGAAUCAGUGGAUCGUUUAAAGGCGAACGGUGAGGAAUGUUUGUCUCAGUCAUCAGGGAUGCUGAGGUGGUUGAAUGUUGCUUGUGAUGACAAGUGCAAAGAGCUCAUAGGUGAUUGUAUACAGAAGUUUGUGAGCACUGCUGUUGCUGUUUAUCUCGACAAGACCAUGAGCAUCAAUACCUAUGACGAGAUCCUCGCUGGGUUGACCAACCCGAAGCAUCAGGACAAGGUCCAGGACAUUCUCGUUUCAGUCUGUAACAGUGCUAUCGAGACACUAAUAAGGACAUCUCAUCGAGUGUUGACAAGUCCAGACUCUGGUGCAAAAUCUUCCUGUUCGAUCGUUGAUCAGACUGAAGACCUCAGUGUUGUUGGAGACAAGUCCGUUGAGCUAGAAGUCCCUUCAAAGUAUCAGGUGCCGAGCUCAGUUUCCAAAGUACAAGACAGUGGGUGGGCCAACAAGGUUUCAUCCACCUUAGCUGUGCCGAGCAACAGACGCUUUGUGCUUGAUGUCACUGGGAGAGUGACCUUCGAGACCAUCCGGUCUAUUCUGCUGUUUCUGUCAUGGAAACUAUCAGAGGGCAUCAGGAUGAGUCUCGGUACAGUGCACGAGGAGGUUAUUCUUAGGGGGCUUGAAGUAGUGAGAUUUAUCAGUGCCAAGUCUUCUAUUAUUUUCACCCUGUGCCUCGCGUUAUAUCUUCAUGUUCUUGGAGGUACAAGAGUUGUCCUUACAGCUUAAAGCUAGGGUAUCGUGUCUCAAAUUGUUUGUACGAAUGCAAUUGUGCUUUAGCUGCCCCAAAAAUAUACUAUAGUAGAUUAUCCAUAGCCUAGUUCAGUGGCAGUAGUUUUAGGAGUAUAUCAAGUAUAGUGAAAUGCUCUCUUGUUCAACCCCAAAUCGGUCCCUCCUGCUCAGAAGGUAGUAUUUAGGUCAUUUAUUGUAUCCUGAUUACUUUCAAAAUUGAACGGGGAAGGAUGGGGGGAUAGUUUUCUUCUUUGGUUCCACGCAAUUAGUCCAGUGGAUCUGUCAUCUCUGUACUUCAGAAUGUUAUAGUAAGGAACCUUUGGAAUCAGUAAAAUUGGAUGGGAUGGCUUCUUUGAUUUGGCAAUUGAUUGCUUUCAGAUGGCCCUAUUACCAUGCUGCUGUUCGAGUAAGUAUUAUUCUCAGCGAGAUCAAUGCAAAUGCCAUUUAUUUCGA